CGCGUCACCAGCCCCGGGCGGGACGCAACCAAUCGGCACGGGCGCUGAGGGUGAGGCCCCGCCCCUCCCCUCCGCUGAGGAGGCGGGCUAAGGGGGCACACGGCAGGGGUGGGGAGGGCAGGUUUGAGGUGUCCGGUCCGGCGUCUGCGGGGGGCCCGUUCCCGAUCCCGAUCCCGAUCUCGAUCCCAGGCGUGUAGCUGGAGCGCGGUGCGCGCAGGGCCGCCCCUUCUCGGAUGUACGCGCGCCUUGGGCAGCUCCGUAAUAGGACGUAAGAGGUGGGCUCUCCGCUCUGGACACCCUCCCAGCGUGGUUAAAGUUGAGUGCGAACCGCAGAGACUGAAGUGUUGCAGCUGCUGGGAGAGGUGCGGCCGUCUGUGGUGACCGGCGCGCGGACCCCCGGGCCCCUCCGCCAAUCCCGGUGUGUGGGCUUGAUGCCUGGGAGAGACGCUCCCUGUCCCGCUCUGGUGGUCUAGUAGGAAACACGCUUCAGUCCCCGUGCCCGCGAGUUUUGACCCGAAAAAAGGAAGAGCUGAAUAUGAAAGUAUUGGUUAUUGGCCUUGGAGGCGUAACAAAUGGGGGGAAAACAACGCUAGCAGAAAAGCUUAAGAAAAUGCUUCCCAACUGUGAUAUAAUCUCUCAAGAUGACUUCUUUAAGCCGGAGUCUGAAGUAGAAACAGAUGAACGUGGAUUUAAGCUAUAUGAUGCACUUGAUGCCCUCUAUAUGGAUGAAAUGGUGACAAAGAUUCACAACUGGAUAAAAAGCCCAGCAAGCUCAGGGGUUGUGACAGAAGAGCCACAGAGUGCAUGUGACAAUCAGAAAAAUGUUUAUAUUUUGAUUGUUGAAGGCUUUCUGCUUUACAAUUAUGAGCCACUUAAUGAACUUUGGAAUAGAAGAUAUUUUUUGACCCUUCCUUAUGAAGAGUGCAAAAGGAGAAGGAGCACCAGAGUCUAUGAGCCAGCAGAUACACCGGGGUACUUCGAUGGACACGUGUGGCCUAUGUAUCUGAAAUAUAAAAAUGAAUUGGAAGAGAAUGGAAGUAUGCAAGUUGUUUAUUUGGAUGGAACAAAAUCCCAAGAGGAGCUUUUAUCCUAUGUGUAUAGUGAUAUAAUGCAGGAAUUAAACAAGCUGAGGGAAGAAAAACGAAUAUGCAUGAACGAGUGAACAGAACAGAGAGGCAGUUUAAGUCUCUCCCAGCUAACCAACAGAGUCUUCUUCCUCAAUUUCUUCCACACCUUGACAAGAUUCGGAAGUGCAUUGAUCAUAAUCAAGAGAUACUACAGACCAUUGUGAAUGACUGCGUUCAUAUGUUUGAAAAUAAAGAAUAUGGAGAAGA